GUGAUGGAGCCUCCCGCCCGCAGCACUGUGCACCUGAGCGACUGGCAGAAAAGUUACUUUGCUAUUACCUCUGGCACCUGCACACCCGGACAGAAGGCAGAUGAAUACCGUGCCAAAAUCCUGCGUAUUCAGUAUGCAUGGGCAAACUCCGAGAUCUCCCAGGUCUGUGCUGCCAACCUGUUUAAAAAAUACGCAGAGAAAUACUCUGCAAUUAUUGACUCUGACAACAUCGAGACUGGCUUGAAUAACUAUGCUGAAAACAUUUUGACUUUGGCAAAGUGUCAGCAAAAUGACAGUGACAAGUGGCAAUCUGCCUUGACAACAGAUAAUGUGUUUGAAUUAAAGUGUGUGCAAGAGAGGAUGCAGGCUGGCAAAAUUUUCCAGAGCUCUCGGAUGGCACCGACAGAUGCCUGUGUACAAGCUGAUAAAGGGGUCAGUGCCUCUACUGCUCCAGCUCUUCCUAAACUCGGUGUCUGCGGCAGUACCGGAGAGACUGAGCCCUGUGCUGGCCCAGCAAAAUGUGCAAGUCAGGGACCAGAUCUUCUUGAGCAUCCCUCAUGUUCAAAGUCUUUUCAAAGCAGUGUGCCUCCUGUGUCCAAAACUUCAGAUACACUUCUUGCUGCUUCAGCCUCCUUAAGCAAACAGGUUCAUCCAGGUUUCCAGGCAACUCCGCUGUUUGGAAGUAAAGAAGCUACAAGUAGUAGUUCUCUGAAAAUGUCAGGUAACUGUUGUGAUGGACAAAAUGUGUCUCUUUUCAACCAGUCAGCUGUACCUACAUGGUCUGCAAAUUCUGGGAAAAGAAAAACAUUCUAUGGCCUGGCUGAUGAAGGCAGCACAGUUAUUCCUAGCCUUGUUCCAUGCCAGCCUUCCACUAGUACAGAAACCAGUAGUUUUACUGGGCAUAGAAACAGAAGUGAAGAGAGCAGUGUUCCUGGUUUUAGAACUGCAAAAGAAAAGCUGUGGAUGGAUCAGCAAAAGAAGACUCAAAACCUACCCCAGCGUGCAGCAGUCUCGUCAUAUGGAGGUGUAAAAAAAUCACUGGGUGCAGGCAGGUCUCGGGGUGCAUUUGGCAAAUUUGUUCCUCCAUUUGCAAAACAAGAUGGAAAUGAAAAUGGAGGAGCACAGUGUAAACCUCAUACAAGAGGACCAACAGAUCUAUUGCUGCCUGUGGAUGAACAGCUGAAAAACAUAGAACCCAAAAUGGUUGAACUCAUUAUGCAUGAAAUCAUGGACCAUGGGCCUGUGGUCAACUGGGAUGACAUUGCUGGAGUUGAAUUUGCUAAGGCUACUAUAAAGGAAAUAGUAGUUUGGCCUAUGCUGAGGCCAGACAUCUUCACUGGGUUACGUGGUCCUCCCAAAGGAAUUCUUCUCUUUGGCCCCCCUGGGACUGGCAAGACUCUUAUAGGCAAGUGCAUUGCAUGCCAGUCUGGAGCAACUUUUUUUAGCAUCAGUGCCUCUUCUCUGACUUCCAAAUGGGUAGGAGAGGGGGAAAAGAUGGUCCGUGCGCUCUUCGCUGUGGCACGAUGUCAACAGCCAGCAGUGAUUUUCAUCGAUGAAAUUGAUUCUCUAUUGUCCCUGCGUGGAGAGGGGGAGCACGAGUCGUCGAGAAGAAUAAAAACUGAAUUUCUGGUCCAGCUAGAUGGAGCAAGAGCCUCCUCUGAAGAUCGUAUUCUAGUGGUUGGAGCAACAAAUCGACCCCAAGAAAUCGAUGAAGCUGCCCGAAGGAGACUGGUGAAGAGACUGUACAUCCCUCUCCCAGAAGCCUCAGCCAGGAAGCAGAUUGUUACCCGUCUAAUGUCAAAGGAGCACUGCUCACUGAGUGAAGAGGAAAUUGACCUCAUAGUUAAGAAAUCAGAUGGGUUUUCUGGGGCAGACAUGACACAGCUCUGUCAAGAAGCUUCUCUGGGCCCUAUCCGCAGUCUCCAGUCCAUGGACAUCACAACCAUCAUGCCAGACCAAGUGCGGCCGAUCGCUUUUGUGGACUUUGAGAGUGCCUUCAGAACCGUGCGGCCCAGCGUCUCCUCGAAGGACCUGGAGCUCUAUGAAACCUGGAACCAAACAUUUGGCUGUGGUAGAUGAAUUGCAUCCUAGCUGUUAAAUUUCUUUAGCACUGCCAUGUGUUAAACCCAUGGUAAUUUAUAAUGUAUGCACUUCAUUUUGUUUCUCUCUUGGAAUUAAACCUUCUUAUCCUUGUGACACAUCAUUGUAGUCUAUCCUAUCUUCUUAUUAAAACUUUUUCUGAUGAUUUUC